GCUUCCGAAAAUUUGGCCUCCAACGUUUUCGAUUAACUCGAUAAUUUGCCUCUUCCACCAGUUUAAAAGAAUCGCGAAGUACUGUACCUGGUACCAACUGAAGCUAAGUCGAUCUGAUCUCCAUGGCCGCAAUGAGUCUAGUCGUUCUCCCUUAAUUUGAAAGAGGGUUGUGGAAUGGAAGAGGCAAUACGGAAUCUCUUGCUAACAUACUUUAGUAGUUGCCUAAAAGGUUAGGUCUCGCGUUCCCUCGAUUCGACCUUCUUAUUAUUGAUCAUCAUGCGAGAUUGUCAAAUCGACCUUGUCGCGGUGGGCUUCGAAGACCGUCGACAGGAGCAGCCACAUGCACGGAAAGAUUCCACUUGCAAAGGCCUCCUUCUGAUUGUAAUUCUACUCUGUGCAACCUUGUUUUGCUCUAUCGGCUCCAUGAUUGGAGAUCGCCCAGAGCUGUUACGAGGGUUGCAAACCGAAACGGGAAUCGAAGAGUCUGCCGAUGCUGAUACCAAUGCUUAUGACUAUCCCGUGAUGAACAACCAACCGCCGACAAGCUCUGUUGAGAACAGAAGGAAAGCAACAGGCAUGAUGUACCCGUACCUAACAAUGCAAACACGAAAUCGAAAUCGAAAUCGAAAUCGAAAUCGAGCGCAACGACAUCGUCGUGUCCUUGAAAAGCCUCGCCUGAACCUAGUCGUUAGGGGGUCACAAGAAGAGAAAGACCGAGCAGAAGAAAGGUUCUGGACGGAAAGUAGCACUGAGGGAGGCACGGAUGAUGGCGGCCCAGGGCGCUUGGUCAUCUUUGGAGGGGAAAUAACGGGACCAGGCAUCGCAAGGGCAACGACAGCAAGCAGUAUUCCUUCUUCGUUUGCGAAUCCAACAACGCUACCACCAGCAAGAGCAAGGGCGUACCCUACAAUAAUACAAUCGGGAGCAGCUGAGACUCCAACAAAACUAACCCGAGGCGUUGCUCUACUGUCUCAAACAGCAACUGGAGGUCUGGAAAAGUCACUCAGUCGGCCAAGACAACAAAACGGUGGGAAUGGUCGCCCGCCCAGGCCAGAUGACGCUCAGGUUCAGAGUGAGUCUCUUGGCACAACAUCACCAUCGCCAUCACGAGCACCGUCACGUGCACCGUCGUCGUCGUCCUCCUUUUGGUCCUCGUCUUCAUCAUCACCAUCGUGGCGCUCAUCCCUAAUGCCAACAAACUAUCCAACGACUUCAGGCGAAGCAAUCGAGAGCGAUGGCUCCAGCAACGUUUUUAUUCGUCCUGCCGCGACAGGUUCAAAAAACACGAGGCCUGCAAAGUUUACAACUAGCUCGUCCUCGUGGAGCCAGGCAAACGAUGUUACAAGCAGCCCAACCCCAGCUCUGACCGGAAGCAUUGCUCCAAGCCAAACUGAAAAUCCGAGUCAAAGUGCUGUGGCAAGGCCAAGCAUCGAUCAAACACUGAGCCCUACAUCAGAACCAACUCAAGAACCUACAUCGGAGCAAAAGCUUUCCAUGAAGCACAUGGAAGAAAACCCUUCAAAGAAAAUUGGCCGAGAAAUAGCAACAUCUGAGUCAGACCUAUCACUAUCGCAGGGGAAGUAUGUGAUGGAUUUAUUGGAGACUUGGCUGUCAACAUCUUCGAACCCACAAGCAGAUUUGGCUUCGUUGCAGCAUCUUUUUGCCAAAUUAACGCCUGCUCCCACAGCGAGUCCAUCUGGUGCACCAUCUACACAUGCUCCAUCAGAUUCGCCUAUAACGCUUACUCCAACAUCUGGUCCCGUCACGAAUCCCACAUGGAUGCCCACGGCAAUGCCAACAUGGCAACAAACAGAACUUCCAACUGCAGUAGGAACUACAUGGAUGCCCACAACCGGGCCAACGGCAGGCACAGCGGCAGACUUGGAUCAAACAGUGAUUCCAUCAACAGAAACGAGUAUUGAAAAUAUGGAACAAACUACUGAUUCAACUGUUGAUCAAACAACCUUGGAAAGUCAGUCUGUUACGAUUCUUGGUGAAGGUGCGUCACCCAAUCCGACCAAUGAUCUUCGUCCAAAUGUACUACAAGCUUCCAGCAACCCUGCAUCAGAGCAACUCUUGGUAUCUACGGCCGCACCAACAGACUACAGCUCAGAUGAUCCAUCCUCUGAUCAUUCCUCUGGUCCUCCAUCACUUGGGCAAUCUGAUGGACCAACCCAAGUCACAGCUUCUGAAGCCAACGUAAUAUCUGUUACUCAAAGCCCAUCACCAUCACUUGGUCCAAGUUCUGCACCAUCACUUGGACCCAGCCCUGCACCAUCACUUGGACCAAGCCCUGCACCAUCUCUUGGUCCAAGCUCUCGACCAUCACUUGGUCCAAGCUCUGCACCUUCACUCAUACUAAGCUCUGAACCAUCACUCGAAACAAGCUCUGCACCGUCACUCAUACCAAGCUCUGCACCAUCACUUGGACCAAGCUCGACACCAUCACUUGGACCAAGCUCUGCGCCAUCCUUCACGCCGAGCAUUUCCCCAUCUCUUGGACCAAGCUCUGCACUGUCCUUCACUCCAAGCAUUUCCCCAACUCCAGCACCAACCAUGCCAUCAAAGCUUGAAGCCUUUUUGCUGUUGGUUCAACAAGCCAUUGACCCAAGUCCUCAGCCAACACCCCUUCUGUCUUCUGCUCCAAGUGCCUCCAGUGAUGCUACAAGCCAAGAGCCGUCAUUUUACUCGAGCCCAUCUGAGAGCCCAUCUGUUGAAUCAUCUCUAGGGUCAAGUGCUGGUACUUCUUCAAGCUCAUUGCCAUCCACUGGACCAAGCCAAGGCCCAUCCCCAAGCCCAACCAUAAUUCCAACUGCUGCACCAGUUCAGCCUUCAGAUGUACAGCAGGCAUACAUGCAAAUGUUCCACCAUGAGACUUCAGUGCCAACCUCAAGCCCCUCAAAAUCAUCUAUACCAAGCUCGCCUCCCUCCGAGUCCUCAGCGCCAACAGCACCCCAGAAUCAGUCUCCUACCCCGAGUCUGGAGCCAAGUGGUUCAGCUUCUCUCCCAGCCAAUCAUGUAGAACUAGUUGGAAAUAACGGGGAACCUGCCACUGCCUUUCCGCUCGCUCACUGUCAAGGAGACUGUGACCAGGAUGGUGAUUGUGCUGGAAAUUUAACAUGCUGGCAACGCAACUCCAAUGACUUUGUUCCCGGAUGUGUGGGGGGUGAAACACACAACAAGGAUACUGACUUUUGUGUGCUUCCCGAGGAUCUUUUGCCUUUGCUCAUGGCUACUCCUUUAACAGCAGUAGUGGAAUCAGUUAGUUCACACAAUCAAACCGCCAACCAAGUUGAACGGAUUGGCAACAAUGGUGCACCUGCUAGUGCUUUUCCGUUGCCCCACUGUAAAGGAGACUGUGACUAUGAUGAAGACUGUGCUGGAAAUCUAACUUGUUGGCAACGGAAUGCCAAUGAAACUGUCCCUGGUUGUUUGGGAGGUGAAACUUUCAAUGAGGCAACCGAUAUCUGUGUGCUACCAGAGGAUGCACUUGCUAGCCAGGAAUCAUUUAGUCCACAGUCACUACAAGAUGAUCUUGUUGAGAGAAUUGGGAAUGAUGGUAAACCUGCCAGUGUCUUUCCUCUGCCUCGUUGUAAAGGAGAUUGCGAUUAUGAUGAUGAGUGUUCUGGAGAUCUAAUAUGCUGGCAACGUAAUGCAAAUGAUUAUGUCCCUGGAUGUGUUGGGGGUGAGACCUUGAAUGAUGGUACAGAUGUCUGUGUUCUCCCGGAGGACACCCCGACACAAACACCAACCAGUUCCCCUGGCACUCCCAGUUGACAACCGUCUCCAUAAAUGACAUCCUGGUCGGUUCAUGGUCCUUCCUGCCAAUCACGAAGCUAAAAGAUGCUCCUUGCUGGCAACAACAAUGCAAGGGGCACAGCCCAUGGCAACGGCAACGGCAACAUGAUUGUAGUGUCAGCCAUGUGUUCUCUUGUUGUGCCUAGCUAGAGGCAGCUCAAAUCUUUCGCUAGUGUAUGAUCGGCAUGCAUCUCUCUGUGACUGUCGCGAGCAUGCACUUACACAACUUGAAAUUGACGACGCGCAGCCGCAUCGAUGGUCGUACAUGUACCGUACAGCUCCCAUCCACAAGAAGGAAGCAAUGCUUGACAACGGAGGACGAACCUGCUUGGGACUGGUAUACUGGUAUACCGACCGGUUGUACAUGUACCGUAGCUCUUGACGAUCUCAUCAUCCUCACCAUAAAAAAUUGAAACUCCUCGAGACAAAAUUGCCACUCUAAAACUUUGCUGCUUAGUUACAUUGGUAUCACUUGCUUGCUCGACUUCGGAUCCAAUGCUGCAUACAUGGAUGCCGCGACACUGGACGAUCGACAUAGUAUUUGUCAGUUGGGGGGAGGUCUUGUCAAUCCUGUGUACCAAUCAGCCUUGCCACCUGUGGAGGAGCAAGGAGGCAGAUCUAUGCAUACAUAGCACUCGAUUUGAGACUCUCUCCUAAAUCGAAUCUAAUGUAUGGCGUGCCAGCCAAGCAGAGGUCAUGCAUAUGAACGUACC